AUGCUUACGAUUAGAAACAAAAACAAAAACAAGAAAAAAGAAAUAACUUUAUCAUUAAUCCCCAAAAUUAAUAUUUUAAAUAAACUACCUCCUGAAAUUAUACAACUCUUUCUAUAUUCUUCAACACUAAUCUCAAGAUUAAUUUUUAUUCAAAUAAAUCACCCCUUAGCAAUAGGAUUAAUACUAUUAAUUCAAACAUUACAAAUUUGUUUAAUCACUGGAUUAAUAGCUAAAAGAUUCUGAUUUUCAUACGUCUUAUUUUUAAUUUUUUUAGGAGGUAUACUAGUUCUAUUUAUUUAUGUAACUUCCCUGGCAUCAAAUGAAAUAUUUUCACUCUCCAUAAAAUUAACAACUAUCUGUAUCAUAAUUAUAUUAACUCUUACACUAAUUGCCGUAUUUUUAGAUAAACUAUCAACAUCUUCAUUUAUCCAAAAUUUAGAAAUACAACCUUUAUAUAAUUUUAACUUAACCGUCUCUGAAAACUCUUUAAGUCUCCAUAAACUAUACAACUACCCAACAAAUUUUAUCACUAUUCUAUUAAUAAACUAUCUAUUAAUUACAUUAAUCGCAGUAGUAAAAAUUACUAAAUUAUUUUAUGGACCUCUUCGACAAAUAUACUAAUGAACAAACCUUUACGAACCCAGCACCCCUUAUUUAAAAUUGCAAAUAAUGCACUACAGUCACCGAAAUAAGUAUAGUGUACAAAGUGAAGAAAGGAAUUUAGGGAAGUUUACAAGCUUUUUUUUGAAAAUGAUUGCAUGUAAGCAAUUGCGACCUAUUUGUUCAUUGUUGAUCAGAACUUAUUUGUGGCACAGGUACUUUUGUAGUACCGUUACUUUCUGUUUAAUUUGCGCACUUGUACAUUCAGAGCGAAAUAAUUAUAGCGUACAAAAAGGAAAAGUAUUCCGUAUCGACAAGACGUUACAUUUACUCUGUAUUUUUAAGGAUUUUUAAAGUGAGUUUGUUUUAAAUAAAUUAUUAAAAAAAUAUUUAUCCAUCCUAACGAGCUUAAUUUAAUAACUAAUUUAGAAAUGCCUCGCGGAACCCAGUCAUCGCUUGUUGAGCGCUCUAAAAUUCAAACGAUGCGGAAGUGUGGAGCUGCAAUAAGGGAUAUAGCUGAAAUAUUCCAUCGCAACAAGAAAACAAUAUGUUCCGUUUUAAAAAAUCCCGAAAUUUAUAGUACAACAAAAAGAAAUGGACGUCCUCCAAAGGUUGAUGAACGGUUGAAACGGCAAAUAAAGCAUUUGGCAGUCAGUAAAAACAUUUCUCCAGCAAAAAUUAGGCUUCAACUAAAUCUUGAAGUGUUCACCCGUCGAGUUCAGUAGAUUUUAAAACAGAAUAGUAACAUCUAGUAUGCCAAACGAGCGCCUAAGCCUAAGUUGCUACCUCGGCACAAAACUGCAAGGAUGCAAUAUACCCAAAAGCAUUAAUUGUGGGACGACAAGUGGAAAAAAGUGGUUUUUAGUGAUGAAAAAAAAUUUAAUUUAGAUGGCCCCGACGGCAAUGACAAAUAUUGAAGAGAUAUUCGGCGACCACUAUAAACAAGGCAUUCGAGAAAUUUCAAGGGGUAAUCUCUUAUGGUAUGGGGGCUUUCGGAUAUAAUGGUGUAACCCCGAUUUGUUUUGUAACGUAUAAAAUAAAUUCUAUAAGUUAUAUUGAACUGUUAGACAACGCCUUAAUAGAUUUUUUCGAACGAUUUUGUGAGGAACCCUGAAUAUUUCAGCAAGAUAACGCCGCGAUACACAAUGCAGCUGCAACAAAACGUUUCUUUAUGGACAGAUAUAUAGCAUUAAUGGACUGGCCCGCUAUAAGUCCCGACUUACACCCCAUGGAAAAUCUCUGGGGAAUACUUUCGCAGCAAGUUUAUUCCGGUGGUCGACAAUUUGAUACUGUUAGAGAUCUAAGGAAGUGCAUUGAAGCCGAA